AUGCAGACCGUUCCAAGCCUUGUUGGAACUGGCACUGCUGUUGCUGCCGCUGCCACUGGUCUAGCCUUUAGUCAACCCACCGACUCGAACUUGAUUACCGAUCGCCCAACAACGAACAAACGGAAAUCGACUUUGGACCGCGAGGCUCCCGACCUCCGCCGCCCUGCUACGAGCCACCAAAGGUCAGCCACACUGCGGCAGAGUCGGCAAGAGCACGGCCUGGCAUCUCCCGUCUCCUCCCCUCGGAGGUUUUCUUUCGACCGGCAACUCCCAGGUCUCCAUCUCAACCCACCUGUGGAUGAGGAUUCCCUUGCGGAGCAGCCAGCUCAUCCGUUAGUUCGUUGGUCGUCCUUUUUCCAUUCCCGCGUCAUUGAACUCGGGGUCAAGGCCAUCUCAUCACGCACACACGACGGUGGACCCCUCACCUUUGUGAAGCGGAUCACUACAGUUUCCAAGUCCCGCGCCCCCGUCUACCUAACACAGCCUAGCAACGUUUCGUCCAAGACGACAGACGACGCUGUCGAUACAUCCAAGCAAACUUCGGCGCUUGCCAGAAGCCGAAAUGUCUCGUCACCCUUGCCGCCCCUAUCUCGACUGUCGAGCUUUAAUAUCGACCUAGCAAGGCUCAGCGCCGCGUCGCCUUCCCCUUCUUCGGCGGGCGCCAUCUCUCCAACGGUACGACCUCACCAACCAUCCGGGAGCUCGCAGGCCUCUGGUUCCAUGGCCCCUCCGGGAUUAUCCCGCAACUACCGGUCCCCAACAUUGGUCAGUUCCGAUUUUGAUGGCCGGGAUUUCAUGUCUGGAGACGACGAUGACACAGACUUCAAGAGCGAUACGAUCUUUGACUCGAUAAGAACAGUUGCUUCUGGUCGGAUCCGCUCAGCUGAGACCCCUCUCGAAUCCAUGUUUGAUGAAUCACCUCCUAGCACUGCUGGGCAUACCAAAGCGAAGAGAUCCUCCAUCCAAGAAGUUCGAAUCCGGACGUGGGAUGGCGACAACGACCGGAUCCUAGAGGAGGAUGAUGAAGGAGCCCUAACUCCCGUCCGCCUUACGCAUAGUAUUGAGCGUCUCCAAGAGCCGGCGGCGAUCCUGAAAGGUGACCGGUUUACGCUGGGUGCUGCCACCAAUCACUAUUCCCUUCCGAACGGGGACUUUGGCCGGCUUUCACUUGAUGACGAGGAUGAGGACUGGACCAAGGACGACUACAUGGAUCAGGAUACUCUGCUGGCUAACCGCCUUUCACCACCGUCCAAGAAUGGCGUGGUGAACAUGAGGAACAUCAAUCCCAAUCUUAGAGUAGCGCUAGCCUCCAUUAGCGGCAACCGCCAUUCCGAAGGUAGGAGCCCAACCACGACUGAACGACCAUUGAGCACUCUCUUCGAUUGGAGCGAACCGCCUGUGCACGAAAAGCAGGACGGCGAGGGCCAAUCCCAGCGACCCAAGACGGUUCACGGGAAACAAGACAUCGACAUGAGGGGUGGUAGAGCCGCAACAAGAAAAGGCCCCGCGCCGGCCCACGUUAGGAGCCAGAGUGUGCCCGUUGUUCACGACCAGGCUGAGCAUCACAAGGCACCAGCGCCGAAGUUCGGGACCUGGGGACUAGGCAGCAAGGGCGGCUCGUGCAGGAGCUUCGUCGUCCCCGAGCCUAUCCAAGCGUCGCAGUCCAGUGUCAAAGCACACUCGGGCCAGAUCAGGGAACUCUCGCUUCUGGUUAAUGACCUCAAGAGACUCUGCCGACAUGGCCGUGAUAUGGACAUGUUGGGAGGAUUCCACGCUGGCCUCUGGAAGGAGGCAGAGGGGGUCAUUGCUCUAGCCUCGCCCGACGAAGACGAGCCGAUGAAGGAUGUUGGAACGAGCUCAUCGUCAUCCCCUGCCUCCGAGGUCCCAUGUAGUAUUACCGGUCGGAUCAUCGAUGAUGGAUUCGACGCUGCAUCGCUCGACUUUUCAGACAUCAGCAUGUCCAAAACAACAGUCGUCCGCUCCCGCCACUCGAUCCGCCGACGCUCCGUCAUCCCGGAUGACGACAUUUUUGGAGCGUGGCCCCUUCCCGAGGAUGGCUCCCUGCCCGAUAGGCCUCGGACUCCCGAGAAUAGACCGGCCCCGCGCGGAGGUGAUGAUGUUUCUGGCAUCGUUCGGACGGUCAUGGACGCCAUGCAACAACGCUCGGUUUCGACCCCGGUCCACGGACAGGCGAACAACAAGGUCCACUUUGAUACCACUAGUCUAAAAGCUCUCGUCAAGAGGGCUGGUGAUCUUCGAGAUGUCCUCUCCGACUUGGUUCGCAAGGCCGACCCCAUCGGGGCCAGUCCCGCGCGCACCCUCGGCAUGACGGCAGCCCUGCCUUUACCCGAGUAUUCAACGAGCCCCCUCGAGCCCCUCGCGCCGGCUACCUCACAGCCGAAGCAAUAA